GAUCCCAAUUGUUAUCCUUUUAAAACGCGAAUGAUGCGCACCACCUGUUUGUGAAAAUGGCUACAACAAGUGCUCCAAUCUUCCAGUCAUGGACACAAAUCGUAUCAACUUCUCGUACUGCAUCUAGUACAAAUUUCAGUCCUUUCAUCGCCAAUUCUCAUGGAAGCAAAAGUUUCAUGGGUUCUCCCAUACAAGAAAAUCAAAAAUGGAGGAAUCCAAUUAAGAUAAGUGGGAAGAUCAGGGCUGCUGCUGUCACAGAAUCCCCUCCUGCUGAAGAAGUUAAAGAAUUUGUGCUUCCCUCAUGGGCUGAAUUCGACAUAGGGCGAGCCCCAGUUUACUGGAAAACAAUGAAUGGCCUUCCUCCUAGUUCUGGAGAGAGGCUGAAGCUAUUUUACAAUCCGACCGCUAGCAAACUUGCUCCAAGUAAAGAAUUCGGGAUUGCUUUUAACGGUGGUUUUAAUCAACCCAUCAUGUGUGGUGGUGAGCCAAGAGCGAUGCUACGUAAAGAUCGUGGCAAAGCCGACCCUCCUAUUUACACCAUCCAAAUAUGUGUUCCUAAACAUGCUGUGAACUUGAUAUUUUCGUUCACAAACGGGAGUCAAUGGGAUGGUCCUUAUAGACUGCAGUUUCAAGUGCCCAAGGGAUGGCGAAAUAGAGAAAUGGACUUCUUCAAUCAGGGUCUUGCGGAGGAGUUAAGCAGAGAAGGUGCGUGUGAACAAGCAAUCUUUCCCGACACGAGCAUUGUCAUUGACCGAUGUCAAUUGAUGGGUAACUUAACCAGCGAAGGGGCCGAUCGUUGUGAACUUGAUCUGGUAACGGGUUGCACGGAUCCAGGCUCUCCCGACUAUAACCCUCUUGCCAACGUCGAUGAUGGAUCCUGCCCGCCUUACUCGGAUUCCGAGGAUUAAAAUCGCAACUUCCCCUUCUUCCAACAAGAAGAUCGUUAUUGUAUAUUGUAACAAUUGGUCCAUCAAAAUUAUACUCGAGAGGUACUUCUCGUUCGUGGUUGUACCUCUUUUUGUUAAUACACUCGAAUACAAUACGCUUACGCUUAAGGGAAUUCCUACAGAACCCAGAUUGGGAACUACAGUUUUAUAUC